AUGCAGGGUGCCCAGGACCCCCGUGCCGGCAGCCCCGGGGACACUGGAGACCAGUGGGGGCCGAGACUGUGCCGGGGCGAGCUUGACUUCGGUGGGUCUGGGAAGAAGCGUGGCAAGUUCGUGAAGGUGCCCAGCGACGUGGCCCCCGCAGCCCUCUUCGACCUCAUGCUGGCCGAGUGGCACCUGCCGACCCCCAGCCUGGUGGUGUCCCUGGUGGGCGAGCAGAGGCCUUUCGCUCUGAAGCCCUGGCUCAGGGACGUGCUGCGCAAGGGGCUGGUGAAGGUGGCGCAGACCACAGGGGCCUGGAUCCUCACCAGCGCGCUCCGCGUGGGCCUCGCCCGGCACGUGGGGCAGGCCGUGCGGGACCACUUUCUGGCCAGCACGUCCGCCAAGGUCCGAGUGGUGGCCAUUGGCAUCGCCCCGCUGGGCCAGGUCCUGCACCGCCAGCUUCUGGACGACGCCCAGGAGGACACCCUGGUUCACUACCCAGAGGAUGAGGGUGACAGCAAAGGCCCCUUCUGCCCCUUGGACAACAACCACUCACAUUUCAUCCUGGUGGGGCCGGGCGCCCCCGGGGCGGCGGAUGGGCCCACGGAGCUAUGGCUGCGCCUGGAGAAGCACAUCUCGGAGCAGAGGACAGGCUAUGGGGGCACCAGUAGCACUGAGAUUCCAGUCCUUUGUCUGCUGGUCAGCGGUGACCCCAGCGCCCUGGAGAGGAUCUCCAAGGCCUUGGCGCACGCGGCCCCGUGGCUGAUCCUGGCGGGUUCCGGGGGCAUUGCCGAUGUCCUCGCCGCGCUCAUGAACCAGCCCCACCUCCUGGUGCCCCAGGUGGCUGAGAAGCAGUUUAGAGAGAAGUUCCCCAGAGAGCACUUCUCCUGGGAAGACAUCGUGCACUGGACCAGGCUGCUGCAGACCAUCACGGCACACCCGCACCUGCUCACGGUGUAUGACUUCGAGCAGGAGGGCUCCGAGGAGCUGGACACCGUCAUCUUGAAGGCGCUGGUGAAAGCCUGCAAGAGCCACACCCAAAAGGCGCAGGACUACCUGGAUGAGCUCAAGCUGGCUGUGGCCUGGGACCAUGUGGACAUCGCCAAGAGUGAGAUCUUCAAUGGGGACGUGGAGUGGAAGUCCCGCGACCUGGAGGAGGUGAUGAUGGACGCGCUGGUGAACGACAGGCCGGAGUUCGUGCGCCUCUUCGUGGACAAUGGCGCCGACGUGCCCGACUUCCUGACGUAUGGCCGACUGCAGCAGCUCUACCGCGCUGUGUCCCCCAAGAGCCUGCUCUUCGACCUGCUGCAGCGCAAACACGAGGAGGGCCGCCUGACGCUGGCCGGCCUGGGCGCCCAGCAGGCCCGUGAGCCGCCCGCCACGCCGCCCGCCUUCUCCCUGCACGACGUCUCUCGCGUGCUCAAGGACUUCCUGCAUGACGCCGGCCGCGGCCUGUACCAGGACGGCCGCCCGGGGGCCCGGGGGCAGGCGGAGAAGGGUCUGACCACACGGCCCCCGGGGCACAAGUGGCCGCUCGACCUGAGCCAGAAGAGCGAGGCCCCUUGGCGGGACCUGUUCCUGUGGGCAGUGCUACAAAACCGCCACGAGAUGGCCACCUACUUCUGGGCCAUGGGCCGGGAAGGUGUGGCCGCUGCGCUGGCCGCCUGCAAGAUCCUCAAAGAGAUGUCCCACCUGGAGACGGAGACUGAGGUGGCCCGCGUCAUGCAGGAGGCCAAGUACGAGCAGCUGGCCCUGGAGCUCUUCUCCGAGUGCUACAGCAACAGCGAGGACUGCGCCUUCGCCCUGCUGGUGCGGCGGAACCACAGCUGGGGCAAGACCACCUGCCUGCACCUGGCCGCCGAGGCCGACGCCAAGGCCUUCUUUGCCCAUGAUGGUGUGCAGGCCUUCCUGACGCAGAUCUGGUGGGGGGACAUGGCCACGGGCACACCCAUCCUGCGUCUGCUGGGUGCCUUCAUCUGCCCUGCUCUCCUCUACACCACCCUCAUCACCUUCAGCGAGGAUGCCCCACUGAGGGCAGGUCCGGAGGCCUUGCGGGAGCUGGACAGCCUGGACGCAGAGAGGAACCUGCUCAGCAGCCCCGGCAGCUGGGUGGACCAGCCAGAGGAGGUGCCUGGGGCUGUGCACGGCCACCGUGGGCCACAGGCUGCCUUCCUGCUCACACGCUGGCGGAAGUUCUGGGGUGCACCUGUGACCGUGUUCCUGGGGAACGUGGUCAUGUACUUCGCCUUUCUCUUCCUGUUCACCUACGUCCUGCUGGUGGACUUCCAGCCACCACCCCAGGGGCCCUCAGGAGCCGAGAUCACUCUCUACUUCUGGGUUUUUACGCUGGUGCUGGAGGAGAUUCGGCAGGGCUUCUUCACGGAUGAGGACAUGCACCUGGUAAAGAAAUUCACGCUGUACGUGGAGGACAACUGGAACAAGUGUGACAUGGUGGCCAUCUUCCUGUUCAUUGUUGGUGUCACCUGCAGGGUGCUGCCCUCAGUGUUCGAGGCCGGCCGCGCGGUGCUGGCCAUUGACUUCAUGGUGUUCACGCUGCGGCUCAUCCACAUCUUCGCCAUCCACAAGCAGCUGGGCCCCAAGAUCAUCAUCGUGGAGCGCAUGAUGAAGGACGUCUUCUUCUUCCUCUUCUUCCUGAGCGUGUGGCUCGUGGCCUAUGGCGUGACCACGCAGGCCCUGCUGCACCCGCAUGACGGCCGCCCCGAGUGGAUCUUCCGGCGAGUCCUCUACCGGCCCUACCUGCAGAUCUUUGGGCAGAUCCCUCUGGAUGAGAUCGAUGAAGCCCGAGUGAACUGCUCCACCCACCCCCUGAUGCUAGGGGACUCGCCCUCCUGCCCCAACCUCUACGCCAACUGGCUGGUCAUCCUGCUGCUGGUCACCUUCCUGCUGGUCACCAACGUGCUGCUUAUGAACCUGCUCAUCGCCAUGUUCAGCUACACGUUCCAGGUGGUGCAGGGCAACGCCGACACGUUCUGGAAGUCGCAGCGCUACAGCCUGAUCGUGGAGUACCACGAGCGCCCCGCGCUGGCGCCGCCCUUUAUCGUUCUCAGCCACCUGAGUCUGCUGCUCAAGGCCUUCCGCAAGGGGGCGGAGCGCAAGGGGCGGCGCCUGGAGAGAGAGCUGCCGGACCCCCUGGACCAGAAGAUCGUCACGUGGGAGGCGGUCCAGAAGGAGAACUUCCUGAGCAGCCUGGAGAAGAAGAGGAAGGACAGUAGCGCGGAGGUCCUUCGGAGGACCGCCCACAGGGUGGAUUUGGUGGCCAACUGCCUAGGUGGGCUGCGAGAGCAGGAGAAGCGCAUCAAGGGCUUAGAGUCACAAAUCAACUACUGCACGGUGCUCCUGUCUGCCGUGACUGACACCCUGGCCCAGGGCCACAGCCCCUGGAGCUCUAAGAACUACAGUGGCGGUGGGAGCCUGCAGCCCUCUGCCGACCACGGAGGGGGCCCUGGCAGCAGAGAGCGCCCUGAGGCUGGCCAGCCGCCCCCCAACACCUGA